UUCUGCGGAAGUGGCGCGGUGCAUCAAUCAUCAAUGAUGACUUCACUUGUUCAACAUCUAUACAGAUACAGUAGUGGUUGGAACAGUUGAACCGCAGGCUGCAUAACGCAACCAACGUAAAAAUUACUUACCUGUGUGUUCAUGCCGUAGCUUACAUCAGGCUAUUUUUAUUUCCGGGAUCUUGACACAAACCAAGGACCAUCCGGUCCGCCCUCUGCAGGAGUCACGAGCCUGAACAAUCGUCUCGAUUUCCCCACAACCCUUGGUCUCACGCCCGCGUCCGCCGUCUGCCGUCCGCCUCUUGCAAGCUCAAGCCAAGGCUACCUACUGUGCUUCGGAAAAAGCUGCGUUACCUCUCGCCUUAGUCAGUCGUCACCCGCAGCAUCCCACCCCAAAUAUGGAUCCUCCGAGCAGAGCACACGCCGAGUCCCUCGACCAGAAGGACGCUUUAAGGCACACACGGGACGAAUUCGUCAUACCGACCAAACAAGACAUCACCAGCAAGACCCUCGCCAAGAAAGAUGAAUCCUCUACCGCCUCAAGCGCCGGCCAGCAGGAGAAGUGCACCUACCUCUGUGGGAACUCUCUCGGCUUGCAGCCCAAGCGCACUGCCGUGAGGAUACAGCAGUACCUGUCGACCUGGGCCACUCAGGGCGUCCAGGGUCACUUCAAACCUCUCGAGGACUCCCCGUUGCCAACAUGGCUCGACGUCGACGCGAAGGCGGCCGAGAUGAUGGCCCCCAUCGUCGGUGCUCAAGUUGCCGAGGUCGCCGUCAUGCAGACGCUGACGGCGAACCUGCAUCUUCUCAUGUCGGCCUUCUAUAAGCCCCAAGAAGGCGGCAGGCAUAAAAUCAUCUUGGAGAGCAAGGCCUUUCCGAGUGACCAUUUCGCCGUAGAGACCCAGAUCAGACACCACGGCCUCUCACCUUCCAAGUCUAUGAUCUGCAUCGAGCCCCCUUCCGCCUCGCAGGGACCGACUCUCACCACCCAGCACAUCCUCUCCACCAUCGAACAUCACGCCUCGGACACCGCUCUGCUUCUUCUCCCGGGUAUUCAGUACUACACCGGCCAGCUCCUCGACAUCCCAACCAUCACUGCUUUCGCCCACAAGCACUCCAUCCUUGUCAUUUGGGACCUUGCCCAUGCCGUCGGCAACGUGCCCCUGAAGUUGCACGAGUGGGACGUCGACGCCGCGGCGUGGUGCACGUACAAGUACAUCAACGGCGGGCCGGGCUGCAUCGGCGGCGCCUUCGUCAACUCGAGACACACCACCGUCACAACCUCCGUUGAGGACCCGAACUCCGAGACCGGGUACAUGAACCGGCUCGCCGGGUGGUGGGGUAACGACAAGUCGUCCCGCUUCGUCAUGGCGACAAAGUUCCACCCGGCACCCGGGGCCGCUGGCUUCCAGCUGAGCAACCCAAGCGUGCUGGAUACCACAGCACUUUGCGCGUCGCUCGAGGUCUUCGAGGCCGCCGGCGGCAUCGGACCUCUGAGGGAGAAGUCCGUACGGCUAACCGGAUACCUCGAGAAGCUGCUCGAGGCGAUGCCAGAGGACGAGAAAGCGCUGUUCCGGGCCCUGACGCCGAGGCGGCCCGAGGAGCGGGGCGCACAGUUAAGCUUAUUGCUCGCGGAUGGGCUGCUCGACGGUGUAAUGGGAUAUUUCGAGGAGGUUGGGGUCGUGAUAGAUGAGAGGAAGCCAAAUGUCAUCCGGGUCGCGCCGGCGCCGCUGUACAACACAUUCGUGGACUGCUUUGACUUUGUGGAGCAGUUUGGCAAGGCGUUGCGUAGGGCGAGGAGGAGCGGCUAGACAUGGGUAGAAACUCUGGGAAAUGCCUUUACCAUUGGAGACCUCUCCUGGCUGGCCGAGUACCGGGUGAUGAUAAGAGACAGGGCCUGAGGCCUCGGCUACCGUGGGUUGCCAACUCUCGACUGCGUCCUGCCAACACCAGUGUCUGGCUUUGUGACCCUCAUCCUGCGGAACAUCAAGUGCCGUUUCUAUCCAUCUUUUUCUCACGUAUGUUCGCGGUGAGUCGACGUGGCAUUUUUUUGCAUGAUAGGAUUGCAGCGUGAUAUAUACAUUCUACGUCACGAUACCGAGCACGCUGUACUAUUGCCCCCUGCCGCAGCGAACAAACGUGUUCGUUUCUUGGGAGGUUUCUCGUUCGCCGUCUACGGUGUGCUCUUCCGGCAAUAAACAUAUGUGAAAAGCGAGCCUGGCAUGGGGGACUGGUGACAUUUUCAGACGGUAUCUGAGAGCGCGUGUGCGCUUUCUCUUGCGCCGGCCACCGCGGCUUGCCUUGCAUUUUUAUCGAGUAGACCGCGCUCCUCUCCGUUCAUCAUCUUCGCGUAAUUUGAUGGCAGGUAACCUGGACUUUUGGGACGGUAGUCAUGCCUUUUUGAUGCGAGGCUAGAGAGCUUCCAAUGCUAAAGUGCCUUGUUUGGGCUUGUCAUCACCCUCAUCAGCUUUAGUAACGAAUAGACAACGAAACCCCGGAGGAGUUAUGCCGUAAACCAAAACAUCGUU